AUGCUGCGACGUGUGCGCACGUUAUUUCUAGUUCUACUCAUAUCGUUUACGUCUAUCAGUUUUGUAGCAGCACAGUGUCCGGCCAUUAGUGGACCGUGCAGGUGCGCACCGUCGAUCUACGAGCCAGUUGCCAUUAUCUGCGAAAAUGCUGGCAGUCUUAGUAAUGCUCUACAAGCUAUACAACCAGCUCGGGACAUUUCCAUUGAUUCACUUACAAUCCUAGACACUGCCAUACCCAGUAUCCCUGCCAAUGCAUUCGCGGAACUCUCCCUGGAGACAAAUGCGCUCACUUCGAUUCCAUCAGCUGCUCUGGUCAAUCAGCGAGGCACGCUUACAAAUUUGAAUCUUGGAUUGAACAACAUCAAUGAGGUUCCAGUUGGUGCAUUGGACUUCCCAAAUCUAACAUCGCUUUCCCUCGAGUUCAAUGGGAUUACGGUUAUUCCUCCUCAAGCCUUCCAGGGUGUGCCAAACUUACAGUACCUGUAUCUAACAGGAAAUAAGUUCCCGUCAUGGGCCCCAGAGAUGUUUAGAUAUAUAACUCAGCUAAGAACCCUGGGUAUUGGAGAGACCCCUAUAUCUGUGAUUCCCAACAACGCGUUCAUGCACAUACCUCACUUAAUCCGGUUGGAGAUGUCCGAGGCUGCCAUCGAUACCAUUGAACGUGGAGCUUUUCAACGGACUCCACAAAUCCAAGCUAUUGUGCUGAAUAAAAACCGCCUCUCGCAAAUCCGAGCCGACUUUUUCGAGGGGCUCAACGAUUUGUAUUCAAUAGAUGUGCAAGGAAAUCGCAUCGAGAAUGUCCAGCCUCUUGGUUUCGCCAACCUUCCUUCUCUUACUCAUCUAGAUAUAAGCUACAAUCAACUACAAACACUGCCAGAGAAUGUUUUUAUGAACUCUUUCCUUCCGCGUCCCAACGAUCGACGUGUCAUCUACUGCUGCGGAAACCCCUGGUUUUGUAACAAUGAUUUGCUAUGGUUCCGCCAAUUGCUCCGAGACAAUCUCGAUAUUGACAUCGAAAAACCAGGAUGCCUUGCAGUAUGCGCUGCAUCUCCGAGUGGCUGCCCUGCUGAGGGGACUCCAUUGAGGGCCGUCGAUUUCUGCCUGGAGAACGAGGAGCCACAACCUCUCACAGGGACUGCUCUGUCGCUUGUCGGAUGGAUCAUAUUAGCAAUCAUCAUGACAAUUCUGCUAAUAUCCAUCUGCCUUCUUGCUAUGGUCCGAUACGGAAUGAGUCAUCGCAGAAAGAAACAGAAGGAUCAAGAACUCGAGGAUGACGCACGAAUGAUGUCAUCAGCAGGUGAGAGAGAUGAAUUACUUUUCUUAGACACAGUGAUGAUUGGCUGCGAUGCCUGUACCCACUUGUGUAUCACAAAUAGACCCAAGAAAACAUGA